AUGGUGAGAUACGUUGAGUUCUUGGAUGCAUUGAGAAUAGCAGGAAGAUUCUACUCUCACUGUCCACAGACUGCUCGUAUCUACUACCAUCCUCCUCUUCCUUCCUCUUCCUCCGACGACCACCACCACCACCAUGAACACGCCCUCAGCGUUAGCAGUAUGACUGAUGCGCCGGUUCAAGGUUCCACCAGUUGCGGUGCCAAGGCGGCAAAGGGGUUUGAUACAACUGACUUGAUCUUCUAUUCUGUUGUGUGA